ACAAGAAAGCCUUGCGCCCAGUCAGUGACGCUUCAAUACCAAGCCUCCUCUGGGAUACAGUCAGUCUUCAUCAGCCCCUACGGCAGGAUCACUCCUCAACAUCCCCUAAGGACAGACAUGGCCCUGGGCUUCCUAUGUGAUGUAGAAGACCUUCUAGCUUCUGGGAGUCAGUUAGUGUGGACAGUGGCUGAACAGGUGCUGAGGAGAUGCUAUAACGAUGGCUUCUUGCCCUGUAGGAAGUUUCUCCAGACAUGGUGUCAUAUAGGUGAUGUCUAUCAGAUGAUGGAAGGUCGGCAGUGCCGGGUGCUUCUGCUGGACGACAGAGAGCUGGAGCUCUUGGUCCAGCCAAAGCUUUUAUCUCGAGAUCUCUUGGACCUGGUCUCAUCUCAUUUUAUCCUGAAGGAAAAAGAGUAUUUUGGCAUUUCUUUCACUGAUGAGAAUGGUCAGACAAACUGGCUACAGCUGACACGGAGAGUACUGGAGCAUGAUUUCUCCAAAAAGACUGGCCCUCUCCAGCUCAAAUUCCAAGUCAGGUUUUACAUUGAGAGUAUAAUUUAUUUGAAAGACACAGCAACAGUGGAACUGUUUUACCGGAAUGCAAAAUCUUCUGUCUACAAUGGAACUAUUGAAGUGGAGAGUGAAAAUGUUUUCAAGUUAGCUGCGUACGUGCUGCAGGAGGCAAAAGGGGACUACACAAGUGACGAAAGUGCACAAUCAGACUUAAAGAAGCUCCCUACAUUUCCCACAGCUGUUUUAAAAGAGCACCCAUCCCUGGCCUACUGUGAAGACAAGGUAAUUGAACAUUACAAGACCCUCAAAGGACUUACCAGAGGAAAAGCCAUCGUACAGUAUCUUUUGUUAGUGGAAUCUUUACCUGCAUAUGGGGUUCAUUAUUAUGAAGUGAAGGACAAGCAGGGGAUCCCGUGGUGGCUGGGAAUCAGCUACAAAGGCAUCGGCCAGUAUGACCAGCAAGACAAGUUGACACCCAGGAAGAUCUUUCACUGGAAGCAGCUGGAGAACUUGUAUUUCCGGGAGAAGAAAUUCGCAGUUGAGGUCAACAACUCUCACAGGAGGACAACGUCCAAGCGUACUUUUGGCCAAUCUGGACAGACUAUCCACUCCUGGUAUGCCAGCCACUCUCUGAUCAAAACCAUAUGGGCAAUGGCCAUCAGUCAGCACCAGUUUUACCUGGACCGCAAACAAAGUAAAGCUAAAAUAACCACAGCCAAGAGCUUAGGUGACAUCGCCAUGGACCUCACAGAUAUUCGAGCUCCCAGGAUAAGUAAGAUGGUCAGCAAAGAGAGCAAAGACCAUCUCAUCAUGGCCAGCAAUGGAAGCUUGGUUUCUGCAGGUUCUGGGGAUUCUGAGGUAUGUGAGGAGCUGAAGAAAGAGAAGAUCACAGAGCUGAGGACGAAAGAAAAGCAUCUUCAGGAUAUUCUGACCCAGAAACUGAAUGAUCUUAAGAAGAUCUGCCUCAGAGAAGCAGCGUUGACUGGCAAGCUACCUAAGGAAUACCCUCUAGAAUCAGGAGAGAAACCCCCUACUGUACGUAGACGAGUAGGAACUGCCUUCAAACUCGAGGACCUUUCCCCCUGUGAUAUGGACCCUCAGUUAAGGAACCUGGAAGGCCAAUUCGCUCUGCAGCAGAAGAUCGUCGAAGCAGCAAAGAAGCUUGCCAGCGAAACGGAGCUCUAUAAAACUGUAAAGAAGAAACGAAGGCGAAUCUACCUUGAUGCUGUCAAGAAGCUCCAGGAGAUCGAGAAUGAAAUGAAUGACUACAGAGUGAAAACUGGCAAGAAGCCCACUCAAAGAGCCUCACUGAUCAUCUCUGAUGAUGUGAGUGCAGCAGAUCUCAGCUCUCUCUCUGAUAGCCUAAAUCUGGACGAUGACGAGCAGCCUGGAAUGCAGCGACAGCGAUCCCAUUCCACUCUCAGCGUUCCGUGCCACUCGGACCCCAGGGCCUCGGCCAACGACCAGCAGCCCCAGGACCCAGACAGAUUAAAUUAUGCCGAAGUCCAGCAACCUUACCCCUACGUCCAACAAGAUCACUUAUCAACACACAGCAGCCCCUCCUACACUGCCCCACGGCAGCCGCGUGAUGCCAGGAGCAUGCCCCCCACACCCCAGCUCACCCGCAAUGCCUUCAGCAGCAUCCAUCUCAGGUGUGAAGAGGACGGUCCUUGCCACUUCCGCCAGCGCAGUGGCAGUCUGGAGUCUCAGUCGGUUUUCCCAGCGGUGGGUGAUGUCGGCAGCCCUGUGUUUGCUGUUGAGCAGGAUGGCCCGGAUCAUGUCUUCUCGAUCAGCUCGGUGGCACGCCGCAGCAACAGCACCGAUGUCCUGGAUGAUGUCUCCUCCCACACCAGCCAAUCGAGCACGGAGUACUGCAGUCACUCGCGUGCCCGCAACCGCCACCGACGUCGAAGAACCAACAUCUAUGCCAACACAGGCAGCAUGCCCAACCUAGCACAGGGUGAGGGGCACUGCCCCACCCGCCAGCCACGCCCGCGGCCCACCACCACUGCCUACUACGUCACCGGGUACCCAUGCUACCCAGAGCCCCAGCUGUACGCCAACGGUGGCUACAUGUGCGAGGAUGAGGUGGAGGGACAUUACAAUGUCAACCCGUCCUACCACGGCUACCCUGCACACGAGCCAUACAGGGGCUACAGGCAGGACGAGUUGGAUGGCAUGAGCCAGAACCUCUAUGCCACGUUCCGGCAGUCGAGGACCCGUGCACCCCCCAGGAACGAGAACCUAGCAAGGAGCCUACAAAAGGCCAUGGUGGCAGAGCACUUACUAGGGUGGUAUAAUCGGAACACAGUGCACAAGCCGGCAGCCUACGAAUGUGAUAGAGGUGCACAGCACAGCAUGGCCUAUAGGGCAGUGCCGUCCACGUACAACUAUAAUGACUGCACCUCCUCAUAUGCACCAGCAACUAGCACAAGUAAUUGGCGUGGCCAACUGGCCAUGGGCUUGUCCGAGUACAACAUGGCCCUUCACUCUCAGCAGGAAUACGGCUACAGCACAGUCCACCACAGCCACCCUUCACAUAGCAGGUCAUACAUAGAUGUGAACCAAACGGAUUCGCACACGAGUAGCCCGCUGGAUAGUUUUGACUCUGAAGAUCAGACACUUUAUUGGCAUGAGGACUCUAAGCCUGGAACUAUAGUGUAGUGAUCAAGCCAAGCUGUGGAUCCUCUUCCUCUUUGAGUCUUUCUCACAUCCAUCUGUGUUGCCUUCCUAUGGACACCAAGCUCCAAGGACUCGAGAGCAGUGGUGUUUUUGUGAAGAGCGCUACAGAUCAAGAAGAGUGCGGGUGACUGGUCCCUCCCAGCUAAGUGUCUGUGGAGGGGAGUCCAAACUGCCCCCUCAGAGAGCAGAACUAAAACAGACCCGGGGCUGUCCCGGAGCCAUAUGUGCUUUCCCAGCAUGCACCACUAGCACUUGUGUAGCACAGCACGACCUGACCUGCCCUGGGAAACGCCUGCUGUGGAAUUUUCUUUGGGAAUUUAUGGACCUGGGAGCAGAGUAUUUGUGUCAAAUAGCCUGGACCACUUUCCCAGGAUCAUGGAAGGAUAUUACAAUAGUAUAUCCGCUGCACACAAACAAGUAAAUAUUAAUGUGAAGGAUUGAACCCAGCUGGUUUCUGUUGUGGUAAUUGACCCACAUGGAUAUCUUGCAGUCUUUUCUAGCUAAAAAUCUUGCCAUACUAAUCUUUCUAGUGAUACUGAAGGUGUCUUUUCUUGGGAAACUGUGUUUUGCAAAGCUUUUAUAUACAAUCAUGCAUUCACAUUGAACUCAAAACACUUUAAACGUUGUGCAAGAACUUUGAUAUUUUUCAGUAUUUUUUUAAUUGCCAGAGUUCCAUCACUCCAGUUACUACUGAGCUACUACUUUUCUAAUGUUGCAGAAAAUAUUCAUGACAAUCCAGUCAUUUGGAAGUCAAAUGUUGCUUUGCACAUCCACUGGUCUAACAUGAAGGUUAAUCUAUAAGUUAAACACAAACAGCAAGAGUGCUUAAGGUUGGUGCUUAAUUAAUUCUGACCUACCACAAGCCACGUUACUGGCUCCUGAACAAUGCACAUGCCAUGUGUAUGUAAGUCAUAUCCUGGAACAUUGCACAUUGCAUAAGUCACUGCUGAGUAUUAGGAAACAUUGUUACAUAUUUAUGCCAAAUUGCUUUGUCACUUCCUUAAAGGCCAAAAUCUUUUGUUUGGUAGUAAAGAUAUCCUUUCUGUUUCUACAUUAAAAAAUGUAACACAGUUUGGGCUAUUUUAUAUGACUAAUAGAAUUUCAGAGAUUUUAUAAAAUCUGACUACAUGUGAUACUAGAAGCCAAGGCCUGGCAUAUGCCAUCCCACUCUCCAGCAGAGGCAUUUAUGUAUAUGUAAAUUCUGUAUAUAGACUGUGACUGUCAUUUUUAGAGAGAAGUUUUUCUGUGUUUUUUAA